GGUUUGUGUCAAUGUCCCACCAUGCAUUGUCUGCGACACCCGAGUUUCGCCUGCCCAAUCCCAACUUCCCAUCAUGCCCACCAUUCCCAUAUGUGAGAUCCAAUGCUGGCUACUCUGCUGCUGUCCAGUUGUACCUUUGAUCUGGUCAGUUGCCCUCUAAUUCAUUGAUGUUUUUCAGGGGACUGAGUCGAAGUGGGCGGUGUCAGAAUGGUUGUAAUUGUUUGGAAUCUCCUUGUCAUUUGUUCUGUGACUGCCCUAUUUUCGAGGCCUAUCGAGUAAUUCCUUCACUCCUAUCUGAUAAUUCCGCUUUAUCCUGGCCCCAUGGGUGGAAUAGAUGGUUUUUGGGCCAUACUCUGUUAUUAAAGCGGGAUUUCCCAUCACUUCCAGAUAGGGUGGCAAUUGCUUUGUCUCAUAUCUGGCACGUUGCAUUUAUCCAUUUGGCUGGUCAUAUAUGGGGGCAUGUUCAGAGGGCAGCUGGUGGUGGUUUGGUUCAUUGCCGGUUUUGA